CUCCCUCUCUCUCUCUCUCUCUCUCUCUCUCACUUCACUUUCUCUGUGUCCGUUGGAACCAAACAGUUCCCUUCUCUCUCUCUGUCUUUCCCUUCGCUCCUUUCUCUGUCACACAGAGACGGUGACAAACACCCACUCCGUUCUCUGCUCCACACUCCAUUCUCCAUUCUCUAGACAAACGAAACAAACACACUCACACCUUUUCCUCUUCCUGUGGAACAUGACCACACUCUCAACCAUCAAACACCAUUAUUCACGGUUAUGAAUCCCGCUAACCAGCCCCCACCGCCGUCGCUACCGCCACCACCGCCGCAGCUCCUCCAACCGCACCGCCCCUCCACCUCCUGCGACCGCCACCCUCAGGAGAACUUCACCGGCUUCUGCCCCUCAUGCCUCUGCGAGCGCCUGGCGGUGCUCGAUCCCAACUCCUCCUCCUCCUCCUCCUCCUCGGCCGCCGCCCGCAAGCCGCCAACUUCCUCCACCGCGGCCGCCGCCCUUAAGGCCAUCUUCCGCCCUCCCCCCUCCUUCCUCCCGGAGCUCCGCCGCACCAAGUCCUUCUCCGCCUCCAAAAACGAGGCCCUCUCCGGCUUCUUCGAGCCCCAGCGAAAAUCCUGCGACGUCAGAGGCCGCAGCACCCUCUUCUCCCUCUUCAACCAGGAAGGCGAAGUCCAAACGCGCAACCUCCCCUCCUCCUCCUCCGUCGUUCACCAAGACCCACAACCCAACAUUGUCGUCCACCACCCAAACGACAUUAGGGCUCACGACUCCCCCGAACCGCAACCACAACAAGCAACCAUUCCCAACACCGAAAACAGAGUGUCCGAAAUAGUAGAAGAGGAACCAGAGAUAAUACCUGAACCCGAAGCUGACGUGGCAGCAGAAGAAACACCCAAGGCAAUGAAGGACCACAUGGAUCUGGACUCCCACGCCAAGAAGACCACCGGCCGCGACUUCAAAGGAAGCUUCUGGUCCGCGGCCUCGGUUUUCAGCAAGAAGCUUCAGAAGUGGAGGCAGAAGCAGAAGAUGAAGAAGCGCGAGCGAAACGGCGUCGUCGUCGGCUCGGGGACCUUGCUCCCGGUCGAGAAGCCGAUCGCGCGCCAAUUCCGGGAGACGCAGUCGGAGAUCGCCGACUACGGCUUCGGCCGCCGCUCCUGCGACACCGAUCCGCGCUUCUCCCUCGACGCCGCGCGAAUGUCCUUCGAUUUCGAGGAGCCACGCGCCUCCUGGGACGGUUACCUCAUGGCGAGGUCAACGUCCACUUUCGCGGUUCCUCCGAGGAUGCCUACCAUGGUGGAAGACGCACCCGUUCAUGUCCUCAGAACCGAUUCCCUCAUCCCCGUGGAGGAGCCAGAGCUUGAGGAGACUCUCACUCUCAAUCUCAAUCUCAAUCUCAAUCCCAAUCCCAAUCCCAAUCCCAAUCCCAAUCCGAAUCCGAAUCUCCCUGGUGGCUCUGCUCAGACGAAGGAGUAUUAUUCUGACUCCACCACGCGGAGAAGGAAGAGUCUUGAUAGGUCUAGUUCCAUCAGAAGGACUGCUGCUGCUGUUGUUGCUGAGAUGGACGAGUUGAAGCCUGUUUCCAAUGCCAAUGCUAGGGUUACACCGGCUGCUUCUGCUGAUUAUGUGCACAAUCCUCUGAGGGAUUCUAACUCCAAUUCCAUGAGGGAUGAUGGUGUUGAGCCUUUUGACAAGUGUAAAGGGGCCAAGAAGUCCUCCAGCCGGUGGAGCAAGGCCUGGAGUAUAUGGGGGUUGAUUCACCGGAGAGGGAGUAAGGAAGAGGACGGGAAUGGGAACAAUGGGAGCAGCAACUCUAAUGGGGUGGAGAGGUCUUAUUCGGAGUCGUGGCAGGAGUACAGAGGAGGGAAUGGGGAUGUUAAUGUUGUUAAGGGUGGGUUUAAUCCCAAGAUGUUGAGGAGUAACAGCAGUGUGAGCUGGAGGAAUGGUGGGGGUGGAGGGUUUGGGAGUGUCAGUAUGAGGAAGAGUGAUGUGCAGGGGAAUGGGCUUGGGCUUGGGCUUGGAGGGAGGAAGGGGAGGGAUGAGUUUGUUGGGUUGGAGAGGAACCGGAGUGCGCGGUACUCGCCGCCGAAUAACAUCGAUAACAAUGGUCUCUUGAGGCUCUACCUGGGUGGCCGGAGAAACGGGUCUGGGAAAGGGAGGUCCAACCAGGCACAUUCCAUUGCCAGAAGUGUACUUCGGUUGUAUUGAAAGAAUUCAAGGUGGUGUUCUUUGGUUUGAUGCUGUUGGUUGGUUAGUUAGUUAGUUACAUUUGGUGCAUUUGUUUGUGUAAAACCACACAUGCUUCUGCCUAUGUAUUCAUUCUUCAUGGUUGUUGGUUGGUUACUUGGAUGGAUAAAAGCACCUGCACCUGCACCUGCAGCUGGAUCUUUUCUUUUUUACAGUUCUUUCUUCAGUUACUCUUAAUAAACACGAAUUUUAAUUUUUAAACAUAUA